AUGCAGUAUCUGGAGGAUUUUUUAGAAAUGCUAGAAUCUGUACCACCAGAGAUACGGUACAUCACUAAUCAAAUGCGCCUCAAUGAUGUUUCUUUAGAAGAAAGUGAAGCUUUACAUAAAAAAAUAGAAUCAUUUAUGGAAGUUAAGGACGUAAUGACACCUGAACAAAGAGAUGUUGCUAUUAAUGAAAUUCGUAGUAUUCAACGUGAACAUGCAAACAAAGCUAACAUUCGUUGUGAUCUUGUUAAAAAAUUACGAGUCAUUUUUGAUUUGUACAAAAAUAGAUUUGAGGAAGAUCUUAGAAAUUAUAAACUAGAAUUGGAAGCUGAGGCUCCUGGUGUUACAGAAACAAUUGAAAAUAAAUACAAUGAAGCACAGAGAUUGUCACGUGAAAGUGGUAAUUUGAGAAGGACUAACGGAUAUGGAAUUGAAAAUUUGGUGGUUUAUUAUCCAGAUGGAGAAGAGUCACUUUUAUAUAACUCUGAUUGCGAGGUUUCAAGAAGUUCUAUUGGUGGACAAACUCCUAGACAUAAUAGUCAUGGUGAUAUAGAUAUACCUCCACAACUUUUUGACAAACUAAGCCAACAAGGGCUUCGGGAUAGAAGUUCUACAUUUACAUCAAAGUUGGAGGAUACUGACACAAGUCAAACAAAGAGACGUAGAACAAUAGCAACAUUACCAACAGUGAAUACUCCCAAUACAAAAUGUAUGACUGAUUUCACAGAAGAAUGGUUUAGAGAUACCUCAAGAACCAUAACUCCAAACUUUUGCAUGUCUACAGAUACUAUUAAUACCGAUAAGAUGUCUUUAGGAUCAUAUAAGGAUUCAAAUCAAGAAUCGUUUGACUACAAAAAAAAUAGAAAUGGAAGACGAUUAAUUAAUAAAAGUGAGGAAAUUAUAGGGGACGAUGGUUGUAUUAGUCAAUCUAGAAGAGGACACAGGUACUCUUCUGGAAAUACUCCUGAUAUCGCAUCAUUAACUAGUACUCUGAAUACGUGUAAUAAUAAUAUAAUUAAUAGAGAUCAAACACCUGCUUCAAUUACAUCACUCUCCGAUGAUGAGGAUAAUGAAAUUGUCGAUGAGGAAGAUGAAGAAGAGGAGAAUGAUAAUAGAAUAUGGUGUAAAUGUCGUGAAAAGUCUUAUGGUUUAAUGGUAAAAUGUGAUAAUGAUGACUGCGAGUAUCGAUGGUUUCACGGUGAUUGUGUAGGAAUUACUCCAAACAACAAACCAGGUAUAAAUGAAAAAUGGCUUUGUCAAUUUUGCCAACAACGUAUUCGUAGUAUCAAAUAA